UCCCCCGCACGGGUCCCCCCAGCCGUUCCGACGUGGGCUUCUGGGCUGUGGUCUGGGCGCAGGCUCACUACGGUCCCUCCCUAGAGGCAGACCCUGUAGGGGUGUGUCAGGGUGUCUGCGCCGCUGACCUCGGGAGGAACCGUCUGUCUCCACCGCACGUUUCCUGAGGCCAGAACCCGGUUUUCCCUGUUUGCUCAGGUUUUUUGUCUUGACCUGUGUGGUUUCGAGGAGAAACUAUGGAAACUGAGGUUCAAGGCCCUUGGCUUUUCUACGGUUCUGUUCUGUUCUGUCCCGCAGCCUCCAGUGAGGAUGCCGUGGUCCGGGGCCUUCUCCGUCCUGCUGGCCUCCUGACAUCCCUUCCCUGUUCGUGUUCGUCCCCUGGCUUGGUUUUCCAGCUGACCUGUCCAGCCAUCCUUGGGCUCCUCACCUCCCCUGUCCCAUGCAGACGCCGUGUGCCUUUGCGCGGUGGCCGGGGUUUCCAGAACCGCAGGUGUGUGCUCCUGGGCUUGUCAGAACCGUCAGCAAGGCCAGUGUGGUCCUGCUGCCUUCCCAGCCCCCAGCAGGACGCCGUGGUCGCCUGGAGGUCCCUCCUGCCGUAGGUGUGCGUGUAUCACACCCGGGGCCCUUCCCUCGGGUCCCACGUGGUGUCCCCGAGAAGCGUGUCUCCGCUUUCCUUCACCGCUGCACCCUGGCACUGUCCCCAGGACCGGCCCACUCCGGCCCGGCCUGUGCCCGUGGUCCCAAGUUGCGUGGCCAGGGGCUUCUGUGGGCGACCUCUGCACACUCUGGACCCGGUUCUGGGGAACGGUGUCUGGCGUGGGGGACCCGGCCUGCCUCCCCGUUCACGUCCGAGCCCCUUCCUCCCUGCAGUGACGCGGCCUGUCGCGAUUUUGUCUGCGCCUCUUUCCGACUCCGGCGUGCUCUGCGGAGAAAACCCUCGGUCGGGACACAUGGUGACGUGGCCGGCGGCGGCUUACGCGGCUUCCGGAGUCCCCUGUCCCUGUUUGUCGGGAGGCAGAGUCCACGCCUCGAUUCUGCGUCUGGCGGUUUUCCCUCUCUGUUCUCUGUCCGAGGCUCCGCUGCCUCCAUCUCUCUCGCGCUCACGGUCGUUCCGGGGAACCGCGGAGCAGGCGUCUGGCCGCACCGGCGCGCAUUCACCCUGCUGCUCCUCUCUCCCCGGCUCCUGUCCAGCUUGUGGUGGUGGUUUGUGUUUGACCCUGGCCGCUCAGGGCUGGUGUCGCGGGGCCCGUGUUUCUGUCCCGUUGUGUUCUUGGGGGCCGUGGCCGUGGUCACGUGGCCAUCCAUUGUGUUUUCGAGAUACUUGAUGCUUCUUUUUAAAGAGCGUUCUCCCUGAGUCACGUUCCUUCGGAGAGUCCUGAUUCCUAGGAGGGGCCCAGCGUCUGUCCAUCUCGUGUUGUGGUCAAGAGUGCAGAGCUGCGGCCCCGAGGUGCUCCCUGCACACCCCCGAGGGCUUGUGUGUGCGGGGGGUGGGGUGCUGGGUUUCAGGACUCCCGGAGCUCAGGUCGGCGAGGCUGUCUCCGUCGGGCCUGUCCUCUGAGAAGCCCCCCCCCGCCCCGACUGGGCCUUGGACGUGGACGUCUGACUCCUUGCUCACGUCGCGUGCCAUGUGUGCGUGGCCUCCCGAGGUGCCCGGCCACGGCCAUCUGUACACUUCCUCGCCGCCUCACGUGGGCCACAUGUUUUCCGGAGCAGGUCUCGGGGGGUCCGUGCUGGUCCGCAGCCCUGCUGAGGCUUCUCUCGGGGUCUUAAGGGACGUCAGACGUCCCUUUCCUGCAGGAAAGCGGGGGGGUGAGCCCCUUCUCUGCCUGACAGAUCGCCCUCGGGGGAACGUUUCUCGGUGAGAGUCUGGGCGCAGUGGUUACGGGGGGCCGAGCAGGUGACCUGGCCUCUCCCCGCUCCCGCCGCUGCUCCGUGUGCGGAUCGCCGUCCCAGGGUCCUGCCCCGGCCGUCCUCAACAUCAGGACGCGCGUCUCUCGCCCCCUUCUUCACGAUCUCGCUCCUUUUCUCAGGUUGUCUGCGGGCUCGGCCCCGGGCCGUCAGCUGCGCAGGCUGUGGGGGUGGGCCAGGUCUGGGCUACACAUCCUCUGGGAGCCCCGACCGUCCCCGCCGCGUGGGGACACCCUUGCCACGUGGCCGCUCUGCGCACCGCUGCCGCGGUUGCUGCCCAAGUCUCUGCGUGUCGGCGGCUGCCGCGUGGCUUGCGUUUUCCGCUUUCUUACUCUUGUUCUCUCAAGUCUCGUCUGCUCCCUUAAGGGUGCCCGGUGGCUGCCGCCUCGGGGGGUCUGUUUGCGAGAUACAGCCCCGAUCCGGGCCCCCCGUCCACGUUGGGCAUCCCCGCGUGUCUCUGUCUUCUGUCCGUUCUUGCCUGGAAGCCCCGGGUUGGCUUCUGCGCUCACCUUGGGGGCAGGUCCUCCCUUCCCGACACUCGGCUUCCACACGGGCCCCCUUGAACCUGAAAUGGGUCGGUCGUCUUCCUGAAGUUCGCGGGAGGGAGGCGGCCCUCCGCAGCGUAGCCCUGCAGCCCUGUUGCUCUGUGAAUUACCACGUGUGUGUGGGACCCGCCUUACAUGGGGCUGGCUCUGCCACCCGGGGAACCCCAGGUUGGGGGUCCUCUUACUCUUAAAGGGGGCGGGGCGGGGCCUCUCCUCACUUCCUCUUCCGUCUCCAGUCCACUUGCUCUCGGGUCGCAUGGGGGCCCCUGCUUUCCUGCCCCCACGCUCUGGCAGAUGUGCCCGGGGUCCUGGGCCUGCCCAGCACCUGCCUCUUGCGUCCUGCUGGCGAUGUUCUCUAACCCGCUUCUUUUUUCUUUUCUUUUCUUUUUUUUUUUUUAAGAUUUUAUUUAUUUAUUUGACAGAGAGAGAUCACAAGUAGGCAGAGAGGCAGGCAGAGAGAGAGGAGGAAGCAGGCUCCCCGCUGAGCAGAGAGCCCGAUGUGGGGCUCAAUCCCAGCACCCUGAGAUCAUGACCUGAGCCGAAGGCAGAGGCUUUAACCCACUGAGCCACCCGGGUGCCCCCUCUAACCUGCUUCUGACCCUUUUCACUGUUCUGGUCACAGCCAGGUCUGGAGAACUUACUAAACUCUGAAGCUGUGCCCACCAGACAGGGAAGCGUUGUUGUGUGUGAACAGAAGACAAAGCAUAAAGCACAGGGGCGGGGACGUGGGCUGGGUGGCCUGAGUGAGCCAGGGCUCAGGGCACGGCCUGGUGUGCCUCUACCCGUUUUGAAAUGGUACAGGAAGGUCAGCGUCGACCCCUGGGGCGCCUGGGAGGCUCCGCUGAAUGAGCGUCCGACUCUGGUUUUGGCUCAGAUCCUGAUCUCGGAGUCGUGGGCUCGAGCCCCCCAUCGGGAUCCACAGUCAGCACGGCGUCUGCUCCAGAGUCUCUCAGCUCCGCUCUCCCUCAGAUAAAUCUUAAAAAAAAAAAAAGUUAAUCCUGAAGUCCUAGGAGGAGAGCCCCGCGUAGGAAGGGCUGCCCCCAUGUCCACCCUGGCGGUGACUGUGACCCUCUGCCAGACCUCUUGUGCCACCCCCGGCAGGGCUCCCUGACGCACGCCUGCUGUUUGGGGGCGGUUGAUGGUGAGCGGGAAGAGCCAGAGAGAGAGCUGGUCUGCGUGGGGUCCGGUGGCCGCGCGGUGAACCGAGAGGAGGAAGGAGUGCCGAGAGCAUCCGCCCAGUGGGGUUCUCCGACGCGUUAAGAUGCCGGCGGCUGCAGCGGUGGCUUCGUUUCGGUCGUUCACUUCUGGGCCCCCGCUGUCCGGCACAGCCACCACGGGCCACAGACAGUCGCCUGAGUUUACGUUUAUUGAAAGUCACACCGAAGCGGAAGGUCUUUCCAGCUGCCACGUACUCUGGCCACGUCAAUGACGCAUAGCCGCGCGAGGCGGGGACUGGGCCAGCAGGCAGGGUGACCCGCGGAAGCGCUCGUGGAGACGGGCCCGUGGGGCAGGUCCAGCGAGGGAGGGAGGCCCGGACGUUGCCAAGGGUGUUUCUGGGGCACCGGCCCUGCGUGGGCCAUGCUGAGAAGACCCAGAGGACCCUGGGCUGGGAGGGCACGGGAAGGUGACUGCCCCCGGGGAGGGCGAGGAGUCUGCGGGUGCGGGGUCUGACGGGGCAGAGCUCGGGGUGUGCGCGGUGCGGGGCUGGAGGGGGUCCACUCCAGG